CAUAUUUUCUCCCUCGAUUCCAUCUCUGUUUCUUCGAUUAAUCAUCCAAUUGAUCGUGUAUUCGAUUAGAUCUCUCUUUUCUCUUUCGAUUGAUCCCUUUUUCGGCCUUUCCCGUCCUCUUUUCUGGUUUUUAGGGUUAGGGUUUUUCGGGUUAGGGUUUUUCGGGUUCCCCGGUUUGUGAUUUCGAUCUCAGAUCUGUGAUUUCCUGUUCUGGAUUUACCGAUUUUGAUGUCUGGGUUUUCGAUUUUGCUCUUUGAUUCGUUUUGAUUUUUGGAUAUUAUUUCGGCUUUUGAUUUUUGGGUUUCUGAUUCUUUGAUCGAAUUAUUUGUUUAAUAGAUCUGUUAGGUUUUGACGCGCUGCUGGUUGUGAAUUGGGUCAGGUGUAAUUUUGUGGAUUUCCUCUGUAAAUUUAAGAUCUAGGGUUAGGGUUUGUAAAAAAAAUUGGGGGUUUUGUUUAUAUUGUUAAAUUGGGUUGGGGGAAAGUCUUCUUUCAUCCAGUAUAGCUAUCUUAUCCCUUAAUUUCUUGUUGAUUUGAGCUGAACCUUUGCAGUUUAGUGACCUGCUCACCUGUUUUGAAGGAAGACUUUUUCUUGAGUUAACAUGGUACAGAAGCGGCCUUUGGGUGAGGAGGAAACUUUGGAGGUUUCUAACAAGCACCUCAGGCAAGCAAAGCUAGAAUCACCUUCAGACCCAAUUUUUUCAGAAAUUGCUUACCAGAAAUCCAACAUUUCAGGUAUAGGAGAGGACAGAUUCAUUGAUGCUGAUGCCAAUGAAAAGCUUGGACAUGUUGUAGGCAUGGAACAACUGGGUGCCAAGGCCUUUGACUCCAAUGUUAAUGGCUCCCAUUCCAUGUCCUCUUGGGGCACCAGCAGUACCAGUGAAGAGGAUUCUGGGACAGAUGAACCACUUCAUGUACCACUAUUACCAGAAUACUAUAACCCUGAGAGGCCCAUAAGGACAUUAGCUCAUUGGGAAGAUAUCUAUACUCUACUUUUGGAACAUCCUCCACGAAAACAUGUUCCUAUUGGACCAAAUCAUCAAGCUGAUGUUCCGAUGUGGGAUUCACAGGUUACUGAAAAUGCUACUAAUCAUGUCUGUUCAUCUGAAGUUGCUGCUGAUGGAUAUGAGAAAGCUCUGAUGGGAACUUGUAUUGUUCCAAUGCCUGAUUUAGAAUCCUCUUCAUAUGAUGGAGAAAUGGUUGGAAAGGGCAGGACUGAUUGCGGUUGCAAUGACAAGGGUUCUGUAAGAUGUGUCAGGCAGCAUGUUGAUGAAGCAAGAGAAAAACUCAGAAAAUAUAUUGGGCAUGAAAGAUUUGUGGAGCUUGGUUUCUGUGACGUGGGUGAGCUAGUGGCAGAGAAAUGGAGUGAGGAGGAGGAACAGUUAUUUGACAAUAUUGUAUACUCUAAUCCAGUGUCCUUGGGCAGGAAUUUCUGGAACAGCCUUUCUGUGGUCUUCCCUUACCGAACCAAGAAGGAGAUUGUAAGUUAUUAUUUUAAUGUAUUUAUGCUGCGGAAACGGGCUGAGCAGAACAGAUGUGAAUCAAUGAGCAUUGAUAGUGACAAUGAUGAGUGGCAGGGAAGUGAUGAUUCUGGCAACAGUGAAGCUGGGAUGUCUGAUGAAGAUGAGGAUUCUGUUGUUGAAUCACCUAUAUAUGGAGAUGAUUUUAGUUAUCAUCAGAGCCAAGAAAAUGGCUUGCAUGCUUUUGAUGAGAAUGUUGCAGAUGAAACCUGUGAUGAUGACAAAAAUGUAAAUCAUGGCACUGGUGCAGAGAUGACCAAUGUUCCUGAACCUUUUUCAGGAAAGUUGUUCAACAUUUACACUUCUCAUCCUGCAAGUGAGGUCCAAGGGAAGACUUCAUAUGAUGAACAAGGAGAACAAGAGGUUCAAUAUGAUUCGUGCACAUCUUCUGAAAAAGGGGCUGGCUUACUAGAUUCCCAUCUGAACACUGAGAAUGGUGACCAUUGGCCUGGCAGCUUUAAUGGGUUAACCAGUGAUGGCGACCAUGAAUUUGUGUUGGAGCAUUGUGAUCCUAAAGUUUGGGAUGCUGCCUAUCCAACUUGCCAGAGGAAUAAAUUUGACUUCUUACCUACUUGCAGUAUGAUUGAAGAGGUUUUUGGUGAUGAAUCGUGGAACUACAAACCAAGAGAUGGCAAAAGCAUGAGCUAGUUCCUGAGGGAUCAUUGUUUUUUUCCCAGUGAUGAUGGUUUUGGAAAGCACCAGCCAUCAGUUUCACCUUGGUUGGAUGAAUCAGUAGGAAGUUUUCCCUCUUAGAUAGCAGCCAAUGAAAGAAGAGUUCAAUUUUUCCUUUGUACAUUCACAUAUAAUGGAAGCCUGCCCUUCACUGUAAGAUAGAAUUCUCGAAGGUGAUUGGUUUUCAAGUCUUCAGGCACUGGAAUAUAAUAACCUCUUUCACACCCUUCAUAGAAACCAACAAUCCUUUGUAGGUUUUGCUCCCAUGGGUGGAUGAUUGUUAGGAAAGAAAAAUAUAUAUAUAUAUAUAUAUAUAUAUAUGUUGGUUGUUAGGGUCUGGGGUUCUCAUGUAAGUUUUGAACUGCAACUCGCUCUUCUAAAUGCAAAUUUUGGUUAUACCAAUCUUACUGCUCAAUUGUUUCUUACAAUUUUUGCACUGAUCUCACUUUUUUUUUUUUACCCUAGUCUUGAGGGAAUUUGUUCUUUACAAGGGUUUAUGGUUUAGAGUAAAUACUUAUUCCAUGC